UUUAAUAUGAAUAUGAAGGCUAAACUGCAUUUUUUGCACUUUUUUGUCCUCUCCCCUGUGUAGGUAAUGCAUAAUGACUUCCUACUCUUGAAAGGAUCACCUUAAUUUGAUGAUGCUGGUAUGAGAAAAGCUAAUUGAGUACCUGCUCCAUGCCAGUUGUCAAAACAUGUGCCUAUGGAGAUGCGUGUGUAAAGUCCAAGUGUUUCCCUAAUUAAUGUUACGUGCUUAUUCUCCUAACAUGUGUUAGAGGCAGAAAGACUUCAAUGAGACAAAGCAGUGGUACAAUCAAAUCAUCAGAUUUAUUAGCUUUCUGGGCAGCUUUUCCCAUUAUGUAAAAGCUGUGUUUGUAUUAGUAUAGCAGUCAGACCCACCAGCGUGAGGAUUACAGUUGGUUUUUACAUAAUGGAUUAUCCAAGAUUAAGUGUUUUAUUCAGGCACAAGAGCAAAAAUAACCAAUUAGUGACUUUGCAGAUUCCUUAUUUAAAGGGAGCUGGAGAGCAAUUGACACAAAACUCUCCUGCUACCUGCAGCCCAAAGACUGAAGCAGAGUAGUCUCAAGAAUCUCCAAUAUCUCUACUCAGCAGAAUGAAAUACGCACAGUAUGUUUUCCUGGCCUCGGUCUUCUACACUGUUGAAUAUAGCCUAGCUCAGACCUGUGCAGUGGAGUCUUUCUCUGUGAAAGACAAUUUUGAUCCAAAAAGGUAUGCAGGGAAAUGGUAUGCCCUGGCCAAGAAGGAUCCAGAAGGCCUUUUCCUUCAGGACAACAUCUCUGCUGAAUACACUGUGGAGGAAGAUGGCACAAUGACGGCAUCCUCCAAAGGCCGAGUGAAGCUUUUUGGUUUCUGGGUGAUCUGUGCUGACAUGGCUGCUCAGUACACAGUACCUGACCCAACCACUCCAGCAAAAAUGUAUAUGACCUACCAGGGACUGGCCAGCUACCUCUCCAGUGGUGGGGACAACUACUGGGUGAUUGACACUGACUAUGAUAACUAUGCCAUCACCUACGCCUGCCGCAGCCUGAAGGAGGAUGGCUCCUGUGAUGAUGGCUACUCCCUGAUCUUCUCACGCAACCCCCGUGGCCUCCCCCCAGCCAUCCAGCGCAUUGUGCGCCAGAAGCAGGAAGAAAUCUGCAUGUCUGGCCAGUUCCAGCCUGUGCUUCAGUCAGGGGCCUGCUAAAAGUACGCUUCUGAUCCUAUCCUUAAGCACAGAAACCAGACCUCUUGGUCUUGAAGUUGCCACUCAACUAAUAAUAUUUUAAAAAAAUCAUAGUAUGGAAUAGUGUGUUUUUUCUGAAAAACACAUGAAAAUAUUGGGGGAUCUUUAAACAGUGUGCAAUAUAAUAGUGAUAUUUGAAUUUUCAAGGGAAUACCUAAUGUGGCAUUUGUCAAUAAAUGUUUUUGAAAAAAAGGCACCUCUGGAACUGGUUUUUAUUUCCUGAUGUCCUGUCCUUGGGGAGCAGAAGGAUUGAGGAUGCUCACUGAGGAGUGGUAAGACAGCAGCCAAGGGUGCUCUCAGUGCAGGAGGGGCAGUGUCACUCCUCAGAACUGAAAUGGGGGGCAGGGCAAGAAUGGUGAGAAGGGCACAUCCCCUGACAGCGCUGACUGUGAGCAUGGUGAUAGGGUAAGUCUGGGAUUCACCUAUAAAGUCCAGCCAGCAAGUGAGGGCAACAAGGCACAUCAGUGAGAUGGCUCCAGCCAAAAACAGAACUCAAGAGUGUGUCUGAGGCAGAGCUACCUGUAGCAAAGUUCCCAGGGGCCAAUCACAAAUACAAUAAAAGAGAUGCUACUUUCAAUAAAACUAGACAUUACUUUAAAUGAGCAGGUGUUUGCAUUUCUAAUGGCAUUACCAGUAAUUUGCUCCCCUCUGCCUUCAUAAUCCAGAUUUCAGUAUCCAAAAGAUAUAGAACUGAAAGACAUUAAACAGACUGGGUUUAUGGGAAAGAAUUUCAUAUAGAGAGAAAACCAAAGGAGGAGUAUCUAGAAAUCUCCUUGCAGAAAAAGGAUAACCUGAGUCAGCAUUAUUGACAAGUGUUUCCCACUGCUUUUAGAAAAAUCACAUUCACUUUGUGUUUCCUAGUAAUAAAAAUAGCAGUCUAGAACAUGACAGCAUCCUGCUGAACUCUGCAGUUUGUCAACUACACAAAUUUUUACAAGUUAUAAUUACCAAGCACAGAGGUAAGACCAAGCUGAACAGCCCCUACUCCAGGGGCUUCCAAAAGGUGUGUGGAACAAGGCUGAUGUUGACUGAAGACCUUCAGAGCACCACACUGUUAAACAGCUUCUGCAAGAUGCUUGCACAACCAGAAACAGUAUAGAAACCAAAGAUACACUCUCCAGCACCAGAGACAUUAUCCCAGGGAUUCAGCGAAGUCUCUCAAACUUUUCCCAGGAUUUCCUGGCAAUACUAAGGCUCUCAACCUGCUUGAACAAAGGUGUCCUUGCUCUUCAGGGAAAGCUACCCUGACAGGGAACAAGAUUGUGAGCUACCACCUGAAGCUAAGGACAAGAAAUGGAGCACUGGCACGCAAUGUUAACAAAACCCCACAAUGACAGAGAACUACUGAGUGUUGAAAAAAUAUCAGCCUUUUCUGCUGGACUAAGUGCAAGGUCAGUGCAUUGAUUGAAUGUUCUCCACUUCCACCCCUCUCCCAGCAGGAAAUGUUGGGGUGGAAUCUGUGACCUUAGGACUUGUAUAACAACUGAUUAGACAACGCUAAUCAGUUAUUUCAGUAGCUUCAGCUACUCCUUAGCUGAAGGAGUGUGGCCUUUGGCCAAAACUGUCAGACCGAUGCUACCAGUCUUAGAGAAGUGAGAUUUUUAAUGUCUAUGGUUAUACUAAUUGUAUGACUAGAGCAGACGAGAGCAGAUGUAGCAAGAAGAGACAAUCAAUAUGCAGGACUCAGUACAUCCUUACUGUGCUUGGUAUGGUGUAGUCUGUCCAGACAAGAUAGACAGUGAAAUUCCUCCUCAGCCACCUGAGACAAAACCUGCAGGAUCAUAUAAAUAUAGUGGUGAUUGUGGUUGAAGACCCCAUAGAGUUCACCUGCCUCAGGAAUUGUACUUGGGGUACAUUUCCAUCAGAACUACAAGCAAGUCCUCAUUGUAUGAUGUGGGAAGUUAAUAAAUAGAUGAGAGUUACAUCAUAUCCAUCUGUCUCCAAUGACUGCAGGAAAUGUGAAAGACAAGGCAGGACAGGGCAGGCAGUCAUGAGUGUAUUCUGAUGAGAUUUACACUUCCCUUGAAAUUCUGUUGAGUUCAACAUGAAACAUCUCAUGUAAAUCUACAGGUAGACAUCUUCUGUCUGCUGUUCGAGCUGGCUGAUGAAAAGCAGUCUAUUAUUCCUGGGUUUUUAGUAUGUGUAUAGGUCCCAAGUCAUAAUCUCUGUCCUAAGCAAACUUUCCACUAACAAGACAAAAUAAAAAAAUUGUUUAUGCAUUAAAAGGACUGUUGUUUUGUCCUCAGAAGGUCUUUAGUGCUGGCAGAAAACUGUAACUGUGCAACAGCAGGAGGGACCCUGCAAGGAUAUUGUCCUUCACACACCAGUGAAUCUCUCCAGCAAGGACACUGCAAGUCCUGAGAUCAGACACAAUACCACCUUGAGUUUGACCAGUUUUCCAUGGGUUGUGGUAACUGAGGUAAUCUAUGCAUUCAGAUUUCUACUUUGGAACUUCCACCAGUCAAGUCACCUUUCAUCCCUUGUGCUUGUAUUCAUUGCAAGCAGCUGUGUGGUACUUGGUGGCUGGCUGGAGUUAAAACAUGGCAGACCUCGAGAACAGUCUUUACCUUCCAAGAUUAAAUUGACAUAAGAGGUGCAAGCAGUUUUUAGAACACAAUGAUCAGAUCCUGUUUUUACAGAGUUUAUGUGAAAGAUUAAAAACCAGUUUUAUUUGCUCUCACAAAAGAUGGCAACAAAUGUAGCAUAUACACAAUUAGACAAUGUAAAAUACUCAGCUGAAAGGUUCUUUCAGUUGCAAAAUGGUUAUAUAGUCUCACAAGCUUUUGUUUGAAGCACAGGCAAAUAAUCCCCUUUGCAGUUGCAGUUACAUAUUCUUAUUUGGAUUAAUGAACAGCAAAAGACAUACAUGAGUGCUCUGCAGCCUUGCUUUGGUUAUGAUACUACAGAACUACUAAGCACCUGCUAUUCACAUCUGGUGCUAUGGAUACUUGGCACUUCUGAAAACUCAACUGAUCACUACAUGUAACAGAGAAGAUUAGUUAAACAUGCAAUUUAGGAAACACUAUCAGUCGGCAACAGAUGGUUACAGAAAUCUUAAGUUUCAAGUACUAAAUAGCGUUUUUCUGUAGAUGUUAAAUGAUAUAAAAAGAAAACGCCAUUUCAAAACUCUUAUAAUUUGUCAGAAAUAAACUCAUACCUGGAAAUACCAACUUCUCUUCUCUCUGUAAUUGUUAAUACCUGCUUAUUUCUUAUAGGAAUGAGUUUAUCAUAGCAGCAAAGAAGAUUUUCAGAAGAAAUCUUCUAUUUUUCAUGGUUUGCACAUCUAUAAAUUUUCAUCCCUGCAUAAAAAAAUCAGUACUAUUCACUACAGCUAUGUUUCUUCUUAUUUUUCUUUUAUUUUUGUUUUUUCCCUUUUUUUUGUUGUUUUUUUUAAUACACCUGUAACUAGUACAUAGUCCUUGGUUUGAUAAAGACUGCUAUAUUCUGAUUGCCAGGGUGGGAAAA